AUGUCUUGUAAAGUAAGAAACAAGAAGAAGCAACAGCUCGAACCUCCGGUGUCGCUGAUUACAUCACUUCCAGAUGAAGUCAUCUUGGAUAUCCUGGCACGUGUACCGAGAUGCUAUUAUCCGGAUAUCUCCCUAGUUUCCAAGAGUUUCGGGAGAUUGAUUGCGUCGCCUGAGAUAUUCACGAGAAGAUCCUUGCUAGGCUGCACGGAACACUGUCUCUAUGUUGUCCUCUAUAACCUGGACACCAAUGAAAAGCAUUUGUAUAUUCUCCGCCGUAAAGCCAACAAUAAUCGUUUGGUCAUUAUCCAAUCGUUUCCUUUGAAGUGUUUAUAUGCAAAGUACGUGGCAGUGGGUCCAAAGAUAUAUGUAUUUUGCGAACUCAAUUCCUUCAGCCUAGACUGCAGAUCUCACACAGUGCAGUCCAUUUCUGAUAUUCGUAAUCCUAUGUCCAUGGAUAAUGGCGUGGCUGAUUUCAUUGAUGGAAAGAUUUACGUAAUAGGAGAAUGCCUUUGUGAUGACGAGGCGAGUGGGAAAGGAAAAGGGUGGAGGAUGGGAGUUAAGGUGUACGAUACAGAAACUCAAAUGUGGGAGCCUGAGAUAGCAAAGCCAAAAAUUAAGCCAGGCACUAUGCUUGUUGAUGAUGUGGUGAUGGAGGAUAAGAUUUACAUGAGACAGUAUAAUAAAACCUUUGUUUAUGAACCGAAGGAAAAUAAAUGGGAAUUUGACGAGAUGCUGAAUUCGAAGAAAUGGGUUGGUGCGUGUGUAACUGAUGAUGGGUUGUACUAUUACAAUAAUUGCGAGAAGAAGCUAAGAGUGUAUAAUCCAAAGCAGAAGUCUUGGAAAGUGGUGAAGGGUUUGGAAGAACUGUUGCCUCUGACUGCCCAUUCACGGCUGUCCAUCAAUACGGUGAGUUACGGUGGUAAAUUGGCUCUGUUCUUUCAGAAAUAUCAUAACGCCCAAAAGAACUCACCAAGUAUUUGGUGCGCGGAGAUUGCUUUGGAAAGACGCCAAGAAGAAAUUUGGGGUAAGGUUCAGUGGUGUGAUGUUGUGCUUGAUAAUGAGAAAUUUACUAUUGUGAAAUGUUUAGCUGUUAUGGUUUGA